UAUAAACAGCUGGGGAGGGGGGAAACAGCGCAUGCGCAGUGUAACACCGGCGACGGCUUGAAAAGGCCCGACGAUUAAGGGAUUAAAGGAGCCCAAUUUGACAGGCUGCACAAUGAGUCAGAGUAAGGACAAUGCUCGACUCAAGAGCUACAAGAACAAGUCUCUUAACACCGAUGAAAUGAGACGGCGGCGGGAAGAAGAAGGUCUGCAGCUCCGUAAACUGAAGAAAGAUGAACAGCUGUUCAAGAGGAGAAACGUGGCCACAGUGGAUCAUGAUGGCGCCUUGGAAGACGACGGAAUGGCUGACAGCGGCUACUUGGAGUCCCAGGCUAACAACAUGGACCCCCUCACGGGCGCCGUCAUCUCGGAGGACAUGACUCAAAUGAUCUUCUCCACUUCUCCCGAGCAACAACUCAUCGGCACUCAGCGAUUUAGGAAACUCCUUUCUAAAGAGCCCAAUCCACCCAUUGAUGAGGUCAUCGCCACGGCGGGCGUGGUGGAGCGCUUCGUGGAGUUCCUGAAGAGGCGAGAAAACUGCACGUUGCAGUUCGAGGCGGCAUGGGUGCUGACCAACAUCGCGUCAGGAACCUCCCACCAGACACGGGUGGUCAUCCAGGCGGGCGCCGUGCCCAUCUUCAUAGAGAUGCUCGGCUCAGAUUUUGAAGAUGUGCAAGAGCAGGCCGUGUGGGCGCUGGGCAACAUAGCGGGAGACAGCACGGAGUGCAGAGACUUUGUUGUUGACUGCAACAUUCUGCCUUCACUGCUGCAGUUAUUGGCCAAACAGACUCGCCUAACAAUGAUGAGGAACGCCGUGUGGGCGCUCUCCAACCUGUGCAGGGGGAAGAACCCUCCACCAGACUUCACAAAGGUGUCCCCGUGUCUCAGCGUGCUGUCUUGGCUGCUGUUUGUCAACGACACGGACAUCAUGGCCGACGCGUGCUGGGCGCUCUCAUACCUGUCUGACGGACCCAACGACAAAAUCCAGGCCGUCAUCGACUCGGGAGUGUGUCGCAGGCUGGUGGAGUUACUGAUGCACAACGAUUACAAGGUGGUGUCUCCUGCACUUCGGGCUGUUGGAAACAUUGUGACUGGGGAUGAUUAUCAGACACAGGUUAUCCUCAACUGUUCGGCACUGCAGUCCCUUCUUCACCUUCUGAGCAGCCCCAAAGAGUCCAUCAAGAAGGAAGCCUGCUGGACCAUCUCCAACAUCACAGCAGGGAACCGAGCACAAAUACAGAUGGUGAUGGACGCUAACCUGCUGCCUCCGCUAAUUGCCAUCCUACAAGUGGCAGAGUUCCGCACAAAGAAGGAGGCAGCAUGGGCGAUUACCAACGCCACAUCUGGGGGCUCUGCUGAGCAGAUCAGGCACCUUGUGCAACUGGGCUGCAUAAAGCCCCUGUGUGAUUUGCUGACGCUGAUGGACUCUAAGAUAGUUCAAGUGGCCUUAAAUGGCAUCGAGAACAUCCUGCGACUGGGUGAACUGGAGGCCAAGAGAGGAGGAGGCAUCAACCCUUACUGCGCACUCAUUGAGGAGGCCUACGGUCUGGACAAGCUGGAGUUCCUUCAGAGACAUGAGAACCAGGACAUCUUCCAGAAAGCGUACGACUUGAUAGAGCGCUACUUCAACGCAGAGGACGAGGACGCGUCUCUCGCUCCGGAGGUGGAUCUGCAGCAGCAGCAGUUCCUCUUCCAGCAGUGCGAGGCGCCCAUGGAAGGCUUCCAGCUCUAAUCUGCGCUCGCAACUUCAUCCUCAGCUCAUUUCUUAUCGGUUGAGGGGGGGCUCGCCUCGUUCCUCCCCCUCCUUAUUGUCCAGAGAGAUUGGUUUGAUCCUAACUACACAAAUGGUGGUCAAGUUCUGCUGGCUCGUGAAGGUUGAGCUCACCUGUGCGCGUCCCCUUCAUCACCCGAAUUCCCCGAAACAUAUCCUGCAUAUCCUACUUUUUGGAUUUGACACCAAGCUCUCUGUGGGCAGAGAAGCUGGCGGUGCGCGUGAAGAAGCUCGCCCAGACAUACGAGGCCCACUUGUGACUGGACUGCCCAACACACGGACUCAAGCGACUGCGAGGAAAGGCACUUAAGAUGAUCAACGUGGAGCUGGAUGGACAAAUUAGGACGCGGCUGCUGGAUUUUCUAUCACACGCGGCUUGAUGGAGACCGGCCCUCCGCCCUGAAGACAUGUCAGGACUGCCUCUGGUGUGACCCCAUUCCUCCCAUGGACGCAUGGGAACAUUGCAGUCUUCCUGGCACUGAGACAAUUGGACAAGACUAAUCCAGUGGGGAUUCGUACUAGCAUCAUUUAAUUUCACAGCACUUUAGUUGAGGACUGACAGACACUCGUGUUUACUUUUGAACUGCUUGAAGCCAACAACAAAACUCCAGCACACUAAAUCCGAGCAGCGCUCCAAGAAAUAUUCUGACAAUUGGCAGUGUUGCCCAAAACAACCUUAGUACUUUCUCAUCUGAUAGCCACAAAUGUGGAGUUUUGUCAUAAAUGGUCAUUAAUCCAGAUCUUUUUAACAAGACUCCAGAUGAAACCUGCUCGACCUCAGCCUGCUACACGGAGCGUUUAGCCAGUCCCCUUCCCAUUGCUUACUUUUGUCAGCGACUCUGGAAAAGACCACCGCUGUAGUGUUGCGUUUGUGCGAUUCUCCCCUGUUCUGACGUUUGCAUAAAGGCAUCUCAUCAA